UAAGGAUUAUCGUGCACCGACAGCUGGACCUGUUGCUGCCUGCACUUCUCGACAGCGACUCCGCGCUGCUCUUCUUCCCAAAGCCCUGUCGUCAGCCAGCGUGUCCGCACAACGGUGCCAUUGACUCGAGCACCCGUCGCCGUCCGGGCUGACAUUUGCUGACCUUUUGCUGCUACCCGAAGAGGAAGAUCGUCCUGCCGACUCCGCUGACCACCCGCCGCCGCCACGUUGCAGUUGUCACUACAAAACUACGCUGUGUGGGCGUGUCGCCUGCGUCUGCACAUCCACAAAAGCCAUCGACGGCUCUUCUCAGUCGCGCUCCCGGCUGCCUCCUCGGCCACUGCCUCCACCGGACGCCACAAGUCCUCCCACUCCUCCCCCCCGCCCCCCGCAAAGCGUCGUGUCGUCCACGGUGACGACGACGCAACCGAUAUCAUCAUAGCAAACCCGGACCCGCCCCGUCGCGGGAUUAUCUCCCGCAUCUCCUCGCUGGAGAUGCCACUGCCGUUCCGCGAGGCCGUGCAGCAGUGGUGGAGCCCGCCCUCGCUCGAGAUCUCCGAGAAGAAAGUCCUCUCAUUCCUGCCUUUCUUCCCCGAGCCGGACGCAUCCCGGUCCGCGCAAUCGCUCCAGGUCGAGCUAUCCCCCACGCGCAUGAUCAACGAGUUUGAAAUCACGCGGACGACAGAAAAAGUCGAAAACGAUCUCGUUAUCCUCCACGGAUAUGGCGCAGGCCUGGCGUUCUUCAUCCGCAACUUUGACGGCCUGUCGCGAAUUGCCGGAUGGCGACUGCACGCAUUAGACCUACUUGGCUACGGCCGGUCCUCGCGGCCCAAGUUCAGGAUAAAAGCGAAGGACAAGUACGAGGCUGUUUACGCGGCCGAGAGCUGGUUCGUCGACUCAAUUGAGGAAUGGAGGCAAAAGCGCGGACUCGACAAGUUUACCCUCAUGGCUCACUCAAUGGGUGGCUACGUCGGCGUUGCGUAUGCCUUGCGGUAUCCCGAGCGGGUCAAGAAAUUAAUAUUAGUCAGUCCUGCUGGUGUACCUCGAGAUCCGUUUGUUAUUCACGACGACGCCGGCGAGUCAGUGUCGGUAGAUCCCAUGCAAUUGGCCGCAGCAGAGCUCCAGCCUCAGCAGGAGACCACGAAGCCGCACACUCUUCACAAUUCCUCUGGCCAAUAUCCUCAUCCGGUAGCAAAAGGCGAGCUGAAGCGGCCGAUCCCGUCAUGGCUUGUGUUUUUGUGGGAACGGCAUGUUUCACCGUUCGUCUUUGUCAGACACACCGGGCCUCUUGGUCCGCAACUGGUGUAUCUGUGGACAAGCAACCGUUUCUCGAUGCUUCCCAAGGAGCAGGCUGCGGCGCUGCACGACUACGUUCUCGGACUCUUCACAGCACGAGGGUCGGGAGAAUAUGCGGUGACGCGGUUACUAGCACCUGGUGCGUAUGCGCGCAUCGCCUUGAUUGAUAGAAUCAAAAACCUCAAAGUACCUACUGUAUGGAUGUAUGGCGAAAACGACUGGAUGGACGCCGAGGCGGGCGAAAAAGCGGCAGAGAUUAUGCGCAAGAAUGGGGUGCGUUCCGAAUGUAAGACAAUUAGCAGGGCAGGCCAUCAUCUUUAUCUCGACAAUCCGGAGGAGUUCAACGCGUAUGUGACGACGGAGCUGAAGGCCUCUUGAGAGUGAUGAUGAGCAGAGUGAAACGAGUAUAGUUUUGUUUUGUUAUGAAUUGUAAUUAGUGUAGUUAUUGAAGCUGCAAAAGUAAAUGCAUAGUUGUCAACCUGUAACUGCUCUCUAAUAGUAAUAGUCUCCUG